AUGAUGACUAUGAGUGAGGCUCUAGUCCACAAAAGGAACAUAUUGCAGAAGUUCUGCCUGUGGAAGAUGUUCUUCUUCUCUUCAUGGCCACCAACUGGACAUGCUAGGUACAGUAGCCUUCCAGAAGUAGUGAUACCCUUGAGGGUCAAUGUCACUGACAGAAAUAAUAUUUCCCGAGGUUGGCUGUCUUAUAGCCUGCACGUUGGGGGACAGAGACACAUAAUCAUUAUGAAACCAAAGAAAAAUUUGAUAUCCAGAAACUUCUUAUUACUCACUUAUACUGACCAAGGAUAUCCAAUUGAAGAACAGCCUUUUGUGCAGAAUGACUGCUACUACCAUGGCUAUGUGGAUGAAGACCCAGAAUCCCUGGUCAUUGUUCACACCUGUUUUGGGAGGUUGCAAGGCAUUCUAGACAUAAAUGGUACAAUUUAUAAAAUCAUGCCCAGGAGCUCAAAUUCAACAUUUGAACAUCUGGCUUACAAAAUGGACAGUGAGGAGUCAGAAUUAAUUCCCAUUAGAUGCGGGUUAACCGAAGAGGAAAUAGCAAGGCAAAUGAAGUUUCAAGAAAGAGUUGCCCCAACAUUUUGGAAAAUACCACUGGAGAAUUGGUGGACUCACCACAGGUUUAUUGAUUAUUAUGUUGUAAUAGACCAUAAACGAUACGUUUAUAGAAAGAACAAUACCACAACUUGUCUUCAAGAUAUGUUGGAAAUACUCCAUGGACUAAAUGGUUAUUAUCUUCAACUAAGUAUUGAUGUGAUUUUAACCAAAAUUCAAGUGUGGAGCCAAAGAAAUCUUAUCAAUAUAGAACGAAGUAUGCAUAAAGUCCUACGUGAAUUUUUCUAUUGGAAGGUAGACUCGAUUGGCAAACAAAUUAAAUAUGACGUCAUACACCUUUUUGUUAGACAUCAUUAUGAAUUUUUAGGGUUAGCUUUUGUAAGUACAGUUUGUGAGGUUGGUAAUUGUGCAAUUAACAGUUUUAUAUCUGAUGACAUGUUAUACAUCGCGGACAUUGUAGCACAUGAGAUGGGUCAUAAUUUGGGUUUUCGGCAUGAUGAAGAGGAAUGUUAUUGUGGGAUGGAAAAAAAAUGUAUAAUGUACCCAAGAGUACCACAUCACCCCAAAUUCAGUAACUGUAGUUUUGAAUAUCUGUAUUAAACUCUUUAUCGAAGAAUUUGCUUAUAUGAUACACCAGAAACACCAGAAACACUAGUAACAACAAAUCUGACCGAAUGUGGGAAUUACUUGGUUGAGGAAGGAGAACAGUGUGAUUGUGAGAGCUCUGAAUCCUGUUCAGAAGAUCCAUGCUGUAGCCAGAACUGUAUCAGAGAGCAAACAAGGUGGUAUGGAAGGAAGGUCACCAACAAGGAAUUUCCUUUGAAUGCUCUUUUGAAAUCUGUCAAUGAAGAAGGUAAUGUUGUCAGUAGGUUUCUGAUUAAUCCCUCCUAUUGGGAACACGGUGGGCCCUUCAUCAAGUUUCCUCCAGGCAGCAAGGUUAAUGGCUCUGAACUGAUCCUGGUAGGGCUUCAGAAUAGCAGCUUGUUGGGCAUCUGUGGAAUAUUGGUCAAAAUCACCAAAGAGCAUCCCAGUGGUGAUUUUGAAAAAGGAGAUCCAAUUGAAGAACAGCCUUUUGUGCAGAAUGACUGCUACUACCAUGGCUAAGUGGAUGAAGACCCAGAAUCCCUGGUCAUUGUUCACACCUGUUUUGGGAGGUUGCAAGGCAUACUAGACAUAAAUGGCACAACUUAUGAAAUUAUGCCCAAGAGCUCAACAUCAACAUUUGAACAUCUGGCUUACAAAAUGGACAGUGAGGAGUCAGAAUUAAUUCCCAUUAGAUGCAGGUUAACCGAAGAGGAAAUAGCAAGGCAAAUGAAGUUUCAAGAAAGGGUUGCCCCAACAUUUUGGAAAAUACCACUAGACAAUUGGUGGACCCACCACAUGUUUAUUGAUUAUUAUGUUGUAAUAGACCAUAAACGUUAUGUUUAUAGAAAGAACAAUAUCACAACUUGUCUUCAAGAUAUGUUGGGAAUACUCAAUGCACUAAAUGGUUAUUAUCUGCAAAUAGGUAUUGAUGUGGUUUUAACCAAACUUCAAAUUUGGAGCCAAAGAAAUCUUAUCAAUGUAGAUCAAAAUAUCCAUAAAGUUCAAGAUGACUUCUGCUAUUGGGAGGCAGCCUCAACUGGCAAUCAAAUUAGACAUGAUGCCAUACACCUUUUUGUUAGACAUAGUUAUGAACAAUUAGGGGUAGCUUUUAUGGCUGGAAUUUGUUGAGUUGCUAACUGUGCAAUUAACAGUUUUAUAUCUGAUAAGAUGUUAUAUGUUGCAAACGUGGUAGCACAUGACAUGGGUCACAAUUUGGGUAUUUGGCAUGAUGAAGAGGAAUGUUAUUGUGGGAGAGAAAAAUGCAUAAUGUACCCAACUGGACCACAUCACCCCAAAUUCAGUAACUGUACUUUUAAUUAUCUGUAUUCAACUCUUUAUCUAAGAACUUGCUUAAUGAUACACGAAACACCAGAAACACUAGUAACAACAAACCUGACCAAAUGUGGGAAUUACUUGGUUGAGGAAGGAGAACAGUGUGAUUGUGGGAGCUCUGAAUCCUGUUCAGAAGAUCCAUGCUGUAGUGAGAACUGUGUUCUCAAAGCUGAUGCUCGAUGUGCGUCUGGGCUUUGUUGCCAACUUUGCCAAUUCCUUCAAACAGGCUCUGUGAGUAGAAAAGAGAAAAAUGAGUGUGACCUUCCAGAGUCGUGCAAUGGAACUUCAGCUGACUGUCCAACAGAUGUGUAUAAAGAAGUCGGAAGCCCUUGCAGUGGUGAUGGUUAUUGCUAUAAGAUGGAGUGUUAUCAUCCACUCCAUCAUGAUGAACAGUGUCAGAAGAUUUUUGGCAAGGGAAGUCGAAAUGCACGUGGAAUUUGCUACCUGGAAAUGAACAAACGGGGUGACCGUUUUGGUAACUGUGGAAUUAAUACCUAUGAAUACAGAGAAUGUGAACAUGCUGAUGUACUCUGUGGGCGAAUUCAGUGCGAGAAUGUGACACAACUUCCCCAAAGGAGAAACCAUGAAACAUUGCAUUCCACUCACUUCAGUAAUAUCUCGUGCUGGACUAUAGACUAUCAUUUUGGGAUAACCUUAGAUGACAUUGGAGCAGUGAAUGAUGGCACAGUUUGUGGUCCACAGCAUCUAUGUGUUGACAGAAAGUGUGUCCACUUGUCGAGUCUGUCAAGUGUACCAGGUCCUGUGCCUAGUGUACCAGCUCCUGUGCCUAGUGGACCAGCUCCUGUGCCUGGUGAACCAGCUCCUGUGCCUAGUGUACCAGCUCCUGUGCCUUCAUCUCCUUCCAAUUGGAGUAUGUACAUAAUAGCUUUUUUAGUUAUUUGUGUGCUUGGCUUAAUUUCUUUGUAUGUCCUUUUUGAAUUAAGGAUAUUACCUCUAAAAAAAAGUGGUGCCAAACACAGAAUCUGGUGA